CCCGGAGGACCAACACCAGCCGAUGACAUGGCUCCCCAAAAACCAACACGGACUGUGCUCUUAUCUGAAAAGAGGACUGUAUAGUGAAAGGGGGAGUGGCUUGACUGUGUGUUUAAAGCCGUGAUUCUCCCGGGUGGGAUCAAGGAUUUAAUCACAAUGAGGAACGCCACGGAGUCUGAAUCCGAGUACGUGCUGGACUACGAGUACUACUAUGAUUACGUGGACCCGGUCUUUGUGAACGCCACUGCGUUGAAGUACAACAGAUAUUCAGUUGUGCUGAUAUUCUGGGUCAUCCUAGCUGCGUUCAUCGGCUGCUUCUUCUUGAUUCUGUCUCUUAUAUCACACACAGGGCAACUACCAAGGGGUCCUCGUGUCAAAAAAUCAGGCUUGCCGUUGAUGAAAAGCUAUGGAUGUCCUCAAUAAGAAGCAACUUCAUGAAGAAACACACACUGUAGAAAAAAAAUCUGACAUUAAACCAUGAUAUCCUGA